AAACCGGCUGCCGUUACGUGUCAUGUGUCAUCCGCUGACGCCGCGGGCUCAGCUUCGAAGUCUGCUCUUUCGUUCGCUCGGUCGCCAGUCCUGAAGCACGACGGGCUUCUCGCGACAUCAGCUGUAUCGUUGCGAAUACACGUCGCGACCCAAGCUAGCAUGGGCACUUCGUCGUCGGCAGGGAAGAGCCAUAGCCCCAACGAUGUUUUGUAUUUCGCCUACGGCAGCAAUAUGUGGUCGCAUCGCGUGCACAUCCGCAACCCGACGGCAAAGUUUUUCGACAUCGCUGAGCUAGAGGGCUACUAUGUGGAUUUCGUGGACGACUUCGAAAACUGGCAAGGCGCUGCUGCCAUACUGAAAAAGAGUGCCGAACGCACCACACACGGGGUUGUAUGGACAAUUCCAAAGCGAGACAUCCAUAACCUCGACCAGCAGGAGAGAGAGUACGAAGCUGCUAACGUAACAGUGAAGUUGCCGUCGGGGGACAAGGUGGACUGCCGGACAUACUUCUACUUAGCCUCAAGGCCCGGAAAGAAAAAUAUGCCCUCGCUUCUGUACAAAGCUGUCAUUGUGGCUGGAGCGAUUGAACACAAGUUACCCGACAGCUACGUGCAAGAACUGCUGAAGAUCCCCGACAACGGCAAGACGCAGAAUAGCACCAUCGGGGUGGACAUUGAGAAGCUCCAAUCGUAUGUGAACGGAUACUUGAGUUUAUGAGAGUGUGCGACUUGUGGAAGUGAUAGUUAACGGAA